GGGAAGCGCUGCGGCGAGCGAGCGGUGCGCGGCGCCCUCUGGCGGCUCCCGGCCCGCAGACCAGCUACGAGCGGGCGGUCGCCGGCCAUGAAGUCCGUCUUCGUCACCGUGGGCACCACCAGCUUCGACGACUUGAUCGCGACAGUCUGCUCCCCGGCGGCCCUGCAGGUGCUGCAGAACCGCGGCUACGAGAAGCUGGUGCUGCAGGUCGGACGGGGUGCGCUGAAGCCGGCGCUGCACAGCAGCCCGCCCUUGGCGGUGGAAGCCUUCCGCUUCAAGGACUCGCUGGCUGAGGACCUGCGGAGGGCGGACCUGGUCAUCAGCCACGCAGGUGCAGGUAGCUGUCUGGAGACUCUAGAGAAAGGAAAACCACUAAUAGUAGUAACAAAUGAAAAGCUGAUGAACAACCAUCAGCUUGAACUGGCAAAACAGCUCGAUAGAGAUGGGCACGUCUUCUGCUGUAAUUGCAGCACUCUUGUGGAGACACUGCAGUCGAUGGACUUGUCAACUUUGAAACCUUUUUCUCCUGGACAGCCAGAAAAGUUUGCUUCAUUCUUGGAUAAAGUUUUUGGGUUUCAAUUUAUUUGCAGCCACAUCAAGCGAUGGAGUCAGAAGGAGUUCACUUGGCAAGGACUCCUCUUCCCGAGGCAGGUCCGGGAGAACACGGCGUCUGCUGGGCCUUACCGCGGUUUGCCGUACGAGAACGGGGGGAGGGGGGUGGAGAACGACCCCGCCGCGCCCGGACUGCCCCUGCGGCCGUUAAGCGGGAGAGCGGGACAGAAGGGCUGGAAGAAGUACUUCGGGCAGAAGUCCUUCAGCGAGGUGGCCAUGGACGAGUACCUGGGCAGCCUGGGGCUCUACCGCAAGAUGACGGCCAAGGACGCCUCCUGCCUCUUCCGAGCCGUCUCGGAGCAGCUGUUUUCAUCUCAAAUUCAUCACAUGGAAGUUAGGAAAGCUUGUGUCUCGUUUAUGAGGCAACACCAGCAUAAGUUUGAAUCUUAUGUGGAAGGAUCAUUUGAGAAAUACCUUGAACGGCUAGGAGAUCCAAAGGAAAGUGCUGGCCAGCUGGAAAUGAGUGCUUUAUCAGUGAUGUACAAGCGAGACUUUAUUCUGUACCGGUACCCUGGAAAGCCACCCACUUACGCUACAGACAAUGGCUGUGAAGGCAAGAUUUUACUGUGUUGUUCCGGCAACGGCCAUUAUGACUCUGUGUAUACAAAACAAUUCCAGGAAAAUGCUGCUAUUUGCCAGGCUGUAUUAUACAAGAUCCUGUACAAAGAUGUGUUUGGCAUGGAUGAGGAAGAAUUAAGGUCUGCAGUUGAGGUGUUUCGAAGUGGAUCCAAGAAGAACAGAAACAGUGGCUCUGUAGGAAAUGAGGAUGCAAACUUUGAUUGUCUUCAUGAAAAAGUAUCCCGAAAUCCAUCAGAAAAGAGAGUGGACGACUGGGAAGGCAAUGAUACUACUGACAAUCCACAGGAAGAUAAGUUGAAACAAGGCGUUGAAGAAGAAAAGCCUCCAGAAAAUCCAUCAAAGAUGCCUGUUCCUUAUAAGGUGCUAAAGGCACUGGACCCUGAGAUCUAUCGAAAUGUGGAGUUCGAUGUUUGGCUGGACAGCAGAAAAGAGCUUCAAAAAACUGACUACAUGGUGUUUGCUGGGAGACAGUACUAUUUAGGAGACAAGUGUCAGGUACGGCUGGAGCCUGGAGGUAAGUAUUACAAUGCUCAUAUCCAGGAAGUUGGACAGGAUGGCAACACGUUGACUGUAUUUGUUGAGGAGCUGGCAGAAAAGCAUACAGUUCCUUUGGCAAACUUAAAACCAGUGACACAAGUGGCGCCUGUCCUUGCUUGGAAUAUGGUUCCCAGCCGCAAAGGAGGAACCUAUCAGAAAAUAGCAGGUGGAUACUUCACAGGAAUAGAAAUGGAUAUGAAAACACGGAAGAGAAUGCUUAAGAAAGUUCGUGGAAAGGAAGUCUUUAUGACUGUGGCUUAUAGCAGGGGUCAGCCAGUUCUUCCACCCCGGCUACAGCACAGUGUUCCUUCGGGGCGCUCUCCUCCAGUUCACUGCUCACAGGGUGGUGGAAAUAUGGCACCUUAUGAACCCUAUCAUCCUCAGAAUCCUCCUCAGAGACAUAACCGUGGAUUUGGGAUGCCAAGGGGAUCUGCCCGAUUUAUAAACAGGCACAACAUGGUUGGCCCUCAAAUAGCAUUCUACCCCAGUCCAGGAAAGAGAUGCUAUCAGAGCUAUGACAAUUUCUCCUGCAGGUCCUGCACGUACAACCGUAGCCGCCGUCAGAUGCAGUGUGUGAAUAAGGAAUGUCAGUAUGGGUUUGUACCAGGGAAUGGAGAGGAGCCUCAAGGACCAGAAGAAACUAUAACUUUCUAUGAAAUUGAAGGAGAGGAUGACACAGCUUUUCCUACUUUACCAAGCCAGGGUAGCCCUGCUCCCAUUGUCCAUGGUCCAGGAGGAUUUUGGGUAGCAAGGAGAGGCCCAAACUCCGUUCCACCUAACAAGCAGACCCUAAAUUCCUCAGAGGAGGAAGAAGAAACAAGUGAAAAUGGGAAAUUUCAUGAAGAAUAUAUCUAUGCACCUCCAGAUCCCGACUGUGAAACUGCAACAGUAUUUAGUUCAGCAGAACCUACAGCAAACUUGGAAGAAGGGCCAGUCUCUGUGUCACCUCAAGAUGGAGUGGCUUCCUACAGCUAUCCCCAGAAGCAGUUUCUUCAGCACCAUUCCCAGUUUAUUCAGCUCCUCUUCCUCCAGUCAGUGAGGUGGGAGAAGCUGGUGCCGUUCUUCCACCUUACUCUUGUGAUCCCAGCGGCAGUGAUCUGCCUCGAGAUACAAAGGUCUUGCGGUAUUAUUUUAAUCUGGGAUUGCAAUAUUAUCAUCAGAGCUAUUGGCCUUCCAUGGUGUAUGUACAGCCAGUGCUGCCACCAUCACCUGUGGAAGUUUAUCCAGCAUACACUGAGCCAGCUCCUGUCCUAGAUCAGUCAGUCCCUCAGCUCUACACCGAUGCUGGGCGAACUGAAGUCCACCAGGUUCCCUUGGAAGCACCUGCAAAUGGUAACUUUCAAAAUGCAGAGCCUCCGCCCCUGUCCUGCGGCCCAGUAUAUUACCCAGUCGU